UCGUCUUACUUGAAAAAAGCGUGCAAGCUAUUAGUUUUUCAAUUAACAAUUGAUUAGUUAGCAGAGUGAUGUUGAUAUAUGUUACGCCAAUGGUAAAAUGGUAACACAAGAAAGCGUCAUCUUCUCAGAUUAAUCCACAUCGUAAUAUUGGAUGUAGCUGGAUUGUAUUGUGGCUACAAUGGAUUUGUCUGAAAAGCAACACAGUAGCUUGCCUAGUCCAAUGGCUGAGGCAUCCUUCUUGUCUCGUCUCACUUACUGGUGGCUUAAUGGACUUUUUAGUAAAGGAUAUGAUAGGCGCUUGGAGCCUCAUGACUUGUAUCAAGUACUCAAGGAAGACUCUGCAGAAACAUUGGUGGCAGAUUUAGAGAGUGAGUGGUCCAAAGAACUUGCAGCUGCAGCAUUUUCAUCCAGAAAACCAAGUUUGGGUAAAGCUGUAGCAAAGUUUGCUCUUAUAGAGCUGGUAUAUGUUGGGAUCUUUGGCUUCCUUAAUGAAAGCAUCAGGACUGUUCAGCCUAUCUUCCUGUUUUAUCUUGUGUCAUAUUUCAGUCCCAACCCAAGUGUAACAAAGUUGGAAGCUUAUUUUUAUGCUGUGGCUGUUACAGUAGCCUCCACACUGUCUGUUAUUCUUCAUCAACUGUACUUUUUUAAUGGUCACAGAGCUGGAAUGCAUUUAAGAAUAGCAACAACUGGAUGUGUUUAUAGAAAGACUUUGAGACUGGGUCAAGGAGUCACAACUGGUCAUGUAGUCAAUCUCGUGUCCACUGACACACAGAGCUUUGAUCGGUUUGUUACCUAUUUGCACUUUAUCUGGAUUACUCCUGUUCAAAUGGUUGCCACAAUGUACUUGCUGUGGAUUCAGUUAGGAGUUUCUUGCUUUGUACCUCUGGCACUUAUGCUCCUCUUAAUAAUUUAUCAGUCACAUCUUGGUAGAGUGUUUGCUAUGUUGAGACUUAAGACAGCAAGGCUAAGUGAUGAAAGAUGCAAUAGAAUGAAUGAAAUAUUAUCUGGAGUAAGGGUUGUAAAGAUUUCCACUUGGGAAUUGUCAUUCAGCAAAAUAAUCAAUAACUUAAGAAGUCUAGAAAUAUCAAAGAUUAGGAAAGCUAUGUUUCUGCGAGCCCUCAACAUGGCUGUGGAUUUUGCCUCACAGAAUAUCAUCAGCUGUGUAACUUUUGGUAGUUAUGUGUUACUGGGAAAUACAUUGACUGCUGCCAAAGUUUUCAGCUCCAUUGCAUUUUUAAAUGCUCUUCAGAGAUCAGUGACCAGGCAUUUCCCUCCAGCAGUUCAGAAGCUGAAUGAGGCAAAAAUAACAGUGAAGAGAAUCCAGGAAUUCUUGGAGCUGGAUGAAUUAAAUUUUGAAAAAAUACUGCAAAAGUCAAAUAGGUCAGGAAAAUCUUGUGUGGCUGUGCACAAUGUGACAUGCAACUGGAGUCAGGACAGGAUUAAUAGAGCCACUCUACAGGACAUCAGCUUUAAAGUAGGAAUGGGAGACCUUUGCAUGGUUGUUGGACCAGUUGGUUCUGGAAAGUCUUCUUUGUUGAUGAUGCUGCUGGGUGAGUUAUGCAUUACUAAAGGAAACCUACAAAUCAAAGGCAGAAUUGGUUAUGUCCCACAGCAAGCCUGGAUUUUCUCUGGAUCAGUGAGACAGAAUAUUGUAUUUGGACAGACAUUUGAGGCAGACAGAUAUGAUAAUGUUAUCAAAGCAUGUUCCUUAAAACAGGAUAUGGAGUUACUUCCAGAGGGAGACUUGACUCUUAUUGGUGAAAAAGGUGUGACGCUCAGUGGUGGACAAAAGGCACGAGUUUGUCUGGCAAGGGCUGUAUAUUUUAAAGCAGAUAUCUAUCUUCUAGAUGACCCACUUAGCGCUGUAGAUGUCCGUGUAGGAAGGAAACUUUUUGAUGAGUGCAUCGAUGGACUUCUGAGACAGUAUCCAAGAGUCCUUGUCACUCAUCAACUUCAAUAUCUUCGCAAUGCGACAGAAAUUUUAUAUCUUGAAAAAGGGAAAAUUCAUAGUCAAGGAAGUUACACGGACCUUGCCAAUGCUGGUGUAGAUCUGGUUUCCCUGCUGAGGGUCCGCAAUGAUGAUAACGAUGACGAUAACGAUGACGAUAACGAUGACAAAGAUAGUGCCAUUGACGAGGAUUCAGAGCCAGUACAACCUUAUCCAGUCCAUGAUGUUAUUUUUAGAAGAGGGAGUGGGGCGAAAGGUGUGAAUGCUUUCAACCGAUGGAGUACUGCAUCGUCAAUUGAUAUAGAGGGAGACUUCGAGGCCAUGGCUAACAAGGCUAAAGAGAAGCCGCUGGUUGACACUGAAGAACGACCAAGAGGAAGUAUUGCAUGGAGUUUGUACGUGAGAUAUUUCAGAGCAGGAGGAAAUUAUCUGUUGUUACUUCUGCUUCUGGUACUUUGUGUAGCUGCUCAGGGUGUGUUCACCUUAAGUGACUGGUGGCUAUCACAGUGGUCGAAUUCCCAAGGUCAAGAAAUGUUCGCUUUCAAAUUUGUUCAAGCGGCUAUGCAUGAUCCCACGAGUGGAGAAGCGAACGUACACAAGACUUACAUGAUCAUCUAUGGAGGUCUGGUGACAACAACUCUCCUUCUGUCGUUCCUCCGAGUUCUGCUGUUCUUUCAUGUAGCUGUAACGUCGUCUGUCAAGCUUCACAAUGAUAUGUUUGAUGCUGUUAUUCGAGCACCGCUUUACUUCUUUGACACAAAUCCAGCAGGUCGGAUUCUGAACCGGUUCUCCAGUGACACUGCACACAUGGAUACCCUUAUUCCGGAGACAUUUUUUGACUUUCUUCAGCUUGGUCUGUUGGUUGGAGCGGUAGUGAUCAUGAAUGUGAUAACAAUGCCCUUCAUCUUGGUGGGAGUGGUCCCUCUUAUACUUGUAUUUUGUUGUCUGAGAAACUAUUACCUGAAGACCACCAGAGAAAUAAAACGCCUUGAAGGCACAGCCCGAAGCCCAGUGUUAUCUCACUUGGUUACAACAUUAGACGGCCUUACGCCCAUCCGAAGUCACAGUUUGCAAGACGUUAUGAUUCACGGGUUCAAUAUUUGUCAGGAUCGUCACACACAAACAUGGUUUCUUUUUAUUGCCACUUCGAGAUGGUUGGCGUAUCGUUUGGAUUUCCUGUGUAUGAUAUUUGUGUUUAUGGCCUCAUUUACACCACUUUUCAUCGCUGAAAGAGGAGCAGAAAUAGACGCAGGCUUGGUAGGGCUGUGCUUAACUUAUGCUGUUUUGUUAACUGGCCAGUUUCAGUGGUGUGUCAGGCAAAGUGCAGAGGUCGAAAAUCAGAUGACGUCAGUGGAGAGGAUAAUGGAGUUGUGUCGUCUAGAAUCUGAGGGGAACUGGCACGGCAAAGUAUCUGUCCCUGCUUCCUGGCCGCAGCUUGGUCUCAUAACUGCUGAGAGUGUGUCAUUUAAGUAUCAUCCUACUCUCCCACGGGUUUUGAAGAAUGUGAACUUUUGUAUUAGAGCACAGGAAAAGGUGGGUAUUGUUGGCCGAACUGGUGCUGGUAAAUCUUCACUGUUAGCAGCUCUUUUGAGGCUCGCUGAUUCAAGUGGAACGAUAAGGAUCGACGGCAUUGACAUUGCAGAUCUCGGUCUCCACGAGUUGAGGUCUAAAUUGUCGGUUAUUCCACAGGACCCUGUGCUUUUCAGUGGAACACUCAGGAAAAAUUUGGACCCAUUUGAUGAGUACAGUGAGAUGGAUUUAUGGCGUGCACUGCAUGAGGUUCAACUAAGUGAUAUGAUAUGCAGCUUGACUAAUGGCUUGGACGGUUUGUUAACCGAGUCAGGAUCUAACCUAAGUGUUGGCCAGCGUCAGUUGAUAUGUCUUGCACGUGCUAUUCUCAAAGGUAACAAGAUCCUUAUCAUGGAUGAAGCCACUGCUAACGUUGAUCACAGGACUGACUCCUUGAUUCAAGAAACGAUCAAGAGAAGGUUCAGUAAUUGCACUGUUCUUACAAUCGCCCACCGACUAAAAACUAUCAUGGACUGUCAUCGAGUUAUGGUCCUGGACAGUGGGCGGCUAAAGGAAUUUGACGAGCCUCACUUGCUUCUGCAAAACAGAUGGGGUCAUUUUUAUCGCCUUGUGCAGCAGACAGGAUCCCUCACAUCUGCUCACUUAGCGCAGGCUGCCAGACAAGCCUUUCUACGCCGGCAUCAGCCACAGGCUUCCUAUGCAGUUCCAGAUUCCUCGAGAAGUUAUCUGUCUUCAUACAUUCCCAUAACUGGCUUUACUGAUUUACAACUUGAAUCUUGUGUUUAAAUUUAUUUAUUAUUAUGUUAAAAACCUAAUUUAGAACAUGUGCAAUGUUAAAGAUUCAAUACUUUUGGGAAGUAAACUAUUUAUUAAUGUCCUCGAUUUGUCCAGGAAAUCGUGGGAACGCAAUUACCCAUCGUUACGUAUGAAAGUAUUCACAAUUACUUCUGCCUUAGACGAGUGUAAUUUGAAAGCCUAUCAAAACAUCUAGUGGCCAUAAAUAACAAAAUGCAGGCGCUUUGAAUACGAUUUCUUUGUGUAUCAAUAUUCUUAAUAGAAUUAUUUUUUCGUGUUAGCUUGUGCGUCCUCGGUUUAGUAUGGAAAACUGAUAUUGCUCUCCAUUACUUUCUUGGUAUUCCUCAUUGAGUAAUCUUGAACGCUAAGGAUGUUAAGUAUAUAAUUAAUUCCAUUCGUGCGCGCUGGAUAUGAGAUGGAAGGUGCUGUAAGUGGCCAUAACUAUCUCGGUCCACCAACCGUGGACAGAAUAAUUGUUUUGUGAAAAAAACCAAACAGAAUAUGGUAAAAUGCGCUUCAAAACUUUGCAAACAAAUAGUACAACAGCUGUGAUAAAAUGGUCUGUACAAGAAUAAAAUCUCAUAGAAAUGAAAACAUACCUUGAAUAUGAGUUGCGAGAAGAUAGCUGAUAUACCUAUGAUACAAGCGCUGUCACUGUUGUAUAUUUUCACUCCUUUUGACAACAUUCUCGAUUGAAGAGUUCGCGUAUUGGAAUCAAAGAGUGCAUUCUAAAUUUGCAGGGCAGAAACUGGAUAUCUCUAUGAAGUAUAUUUCUCAGAAGAAUAUGUAUUGUGUACAUUACGAUGGUUAAUUAAUGGUUCGAGAUUUUUUCCGUUAACAACGUGGAUUACUUAGGAUAUUCGUAGAGUUUGUUUAUGGAUGGGUUUUAUAAAGUGUUAUUGAAAU